UUAUCGUUACAGUGCUACUCAUUUGUCUUGGCUGUAGUGUGUGUUUUGGCCAAUGCCAGUAUCAUUGGACAUCCCGCAACAAUUGAGUUGGAGGAAUCCAGUCCACCACAUUAUGAAUUUCAAUAUGCUGUACACGAUACCCACACUGGAGACAUAAAAGAUCAAUUCGAACAUCGUCGUGGUGAAUACGUGACCGGACGUUAUUCCCUUGUGGAACCCGAUGGUCAUCGUCGUAUUGUUGAUUAUAGCUCUGAUCCACUAUUGGGUUUCUCAGCACAAGUGCGUCGUGAGUCGCCCACUUUGUUGACUGGACACGCUGUUGUAGCACCGGUCGUCGAAGAAUGGCCAGCACCAACACAUCGCCGUUAAAUGGAAAUUUAAAUUUUCUUAAAAUGGAAGCAAAACAACAAACAAACAUCUUCACAAGAACAAAAAAAACAACAGAUUCUUAAUUUUCGAACAUUAACAAUAAUAUUUUAUUUACAAUUUGUUUUGUUUUUAUUUUAUCUCUUGCUCUCUUACUAUCUAUCUAUCUCUUUAAAAUAUUCUUACUUACAAUACAAUACAAUAAAUAAAUAGUAAUUUUACUACGAUCAUACAUACAAA